AUGGCUACCUCUGUCAACAUUGGAGGCGGCGAUGACCAGUUUAAUCGCUACAAGAUGCCCCCCGUCAUGGGUAAAGUCGAAGGCCGGGGCAACGGCAUCAAAACUCGUAUCGUCAACUGCUUCGAGGUCGCUCGUGCCUUGCACAGGCCCCCGGGUUAUGUCUGCAAAUUUUUUGGCUGUGAGCUUGGCGCACAGACAAAGAUUGAUGACAACGCCGGUGUCUACAUCGUCAAUGGUGCAUUCCAGCAGAAUGUUCUAACCGAGACCUUGCGCAAGUUUAUCGAUAUGUUUGUCCUUUGCUCCAACUGUAAUUUGCCGGAAACUGACCUCAAGCUCAAAAAAAAUGGCAACAUCACUCAAGCUUGCAACGCUUGUGGUUCCGAGGCUUUGUGUGAUAUGACUCACAAACUCUGCACCUACAUUGCGAACAAUCCUCCGGACGGCAAGAAGAAGAAGUCGGGUGGCAAGAAAGACAAGGCAGCUCGUCGUGCCCUCAAGGCCAAGAAGGCCCAUUCUCCCGACCAUGAAGAUGACGAUGAGAAGGCACGCCGCAAGGCCGACCGUGCCGCAAAGAAGGCCGCCAAAAAGGCCGCCGAGAAUGGUGAGGCAGUCGGUAUGGCUGCCGAUAUUGACUUUCACGACGAGUUUGCCACAGGUCCUGUGGAAGACGAUGAUGAAGAUGACGAUGUUCAGUGGAGUGUCGAUACCUCCAAGGAAGCCCAGGAGGCACGCAUGCGUGAGCUUGGUGCCGCUGCUGCUAUUUUGGAGCGUGCUCCUGCCGAGGACGAGCAUCAUAUGGCUACAAAGUUGAAGGCAUACAUCGAUGAUGGGAAGAAACCUAGCAAAGUACUCUCCAAGUCUGAGAAGAUCUUCGGGGAGGAUGAUGUGAUUAGGGGGAUUAUGAUGGCUGCUGUUGUCGACGAGACUGUCGCUACAAUGGCCAAGUCGGUGGAAGAUAGGGCCAUCCCGGUCUUUGUUUAUUUGGGCGAACCGAUGGAAGCCCACGCUCAGAACGCCUUUUUGAGCUACCUCGACUGGGUUGGUGAGCAUGAUAAGAAGAUGCUCCCUCUGCUUCCACAUUUCCUCAAGGCGGCUUAUGAUGCCGACGUCAUCGAGGAAGAGCAUAUCUUGGAGUGGUACAGGAACGAGGGAUCGGACACUGACGUUCGCAAGGCGGUUUGGGUUAUCAUUGAGUGGCUGGAGCAGGAAGAGGAGGGAAGUGAGGAAGAGGAGGAAACCGACGAAGACGACGAGUAAAGUCCUCGCACAAACCCUCCCGCCUGACAGGAACAUUGUCAUCGCUUUGUAAGAGGUUCCUGUGGCGGUUUUCUACUGCUUGAGGUCAUGACGGUUACCACUCUUGAUAGUUAAUUCCUUCUCUGCUCCACUUUUCUUGUUUCGCGAGCGGCAUAUCUGCUCGUGCAUGAAUACAUGUUUUAGUUUGCGGUUA